AUGGAAAAUGAAUUUCUUAACGAAAAUAAUAAUAUAAAAUAUUUUUCUAAUGAUAAAAAUGAUACUUGUAUAAAAAAAGAUGAACAAAAUAAAGAUCAUACUUUGAAUAUUGAUAAACUGAAUAAGAAUUCUUCAAGCAGCAGCUCUAAUUUUUAUAUAGAUAAUUGUAAAUAUAAAAUAAUGGAAUAUUUAAAAAAUACAACUAAUAGAAAAAGUGAAAAUGCUUUUAAAAUAACAUUGAAAAGCUUUAAGGAUUAUGAUAAAAUUGAUUCUUACAAGAAAAAUUUUAAUAAUGUAAAAAACAAUGAAAUAAAAAUCUAUGAAAUGGAUAAUGAUGAUUAUUUAAAAAAAAAUGUAAAAAAUAAUGAUCAUAUUAAUAGCGAUAGUAAUGAUGAUAGAAGUAAUAUUAAUAAUAUUAUUAAAAGUAUUAAUGAUCAUAGCACUAGUAGCAGUUAUGAUAGUCUUACAUUUUUGAGAAGAAAUUUCGAAAGUUAUAGAAGUAGUAUAUUGUUCUUGAAUAACAAAAAGAAAUCUUUAAAAUGUACCGAACUAAAUAAUAAUGAUACAUUAGAAUUGCAUAAGGAUAUAAAAAAAAAAAAAAAAAAAAAAAAAAUUGCUGUUAACUUUGAUAGUAAAAACAAAAAGAGUAAUAUGCAUGCAUACACAGACGUAGAGAAAUUAAAAAUAAAUAUAAAUAAUGUAAAUGUAAAUUCAUAUAAUUCAAAUAAUAAAGAGAGAAUUAAAAAUACAAAGAGUGAUUUAGACAAUGCGGAAAAAAAAAAUGAAAAUUUAGAUAAUUGCAACAAAAAAAAGACCAGCAAUAAUAUAAAUGUAUAUUCUGUAUCUACAAGUAAUUUUAACGAUGACUACUUAAACAAAAUAAAUUUAAUUAAUUUAAAUAAGACUAGUAAUGAAAACAGUUCAAACGGGAGUAAUAAAUCUAGUUUAAAUAAUCAUUUUAAAAAAAGAAAAUUAUAUGAGGAUAACAGCGAAAAGCCAAAUAACAAUUCUUCUGAAAACAUUAAUAAUAACAAAGAUUUAAUGAAAUCUCCAGAAACCUCCAGACAACACCCUUCUAUUACCUCAUCCUCUGUUUUUUCUUCUUUUUUUCGUUUUCCAUCAAGUUACUUAAGUAAUCAGAAAAGAAGAAAAAAAGAAAAUAAAUAUGCACCAGAUAUAGUAGAAGGUAAAAAUUUAAGUAAGUAUGAAGAUUUCAAGAAUAUCAAAUUUUCUAAUUCAAGAAAAUCUGAUCUUGAAAAGCAAUUCAAAGAUCUUACUAAUUGUAAAAAAUACGAUUCUAACGAUAGUAAUAAUGCUAUCAAUUAUACUAAUAGUAAUAAUGUUAAUGGAGAUAAUUCUAGUUGCACGCAUAAAAAUAGUUGUAAGAAUUUGAAAAAUAAUAAUUUCUAUGAUAUAUUUUCAAGUAAUCCCAAUAAUAAAGGUACAGUAAAAAUGAUUAAUACAAAUAAUAGAAAUGUUUUUUUUGUAAAUUCAUUCAAUGAAAAUUAUUAUUAUGAAAAUAUAAACUUAAAAGAUAGUAAUUUAUUAAAAAAUGAUAAAAUACACAAUAAUUUAAAAUAUUCUGAAAGAUAUUAUGAAAACUAUAUACUUUUUAAGAGUUUUAUUUUUUCACUUAAUAACCCUUAUACUUUUUCUUCUAUAUCAAGAGAACAUGAAAUUAAUGAAGUGAAUUCACUUAAAUAUAAAAUUUUAAAAAAUGAAAAAUAUUCAUUAUUAAAUAAUGUAUCUACUUAUAAGAAGUUUGAUGAAAAGUAUUUUUUAGAAGAUUUUAUUACAAAUGAUUUUCAGUGGAUAGAAUUAGAUGGUGUUAAUUGUUCUUAUGCAUAUGAUUUUGCAUUUUUUGAUAAAACAGAUAAGUAUAUGAUAUCAAUUGAUGCGCUUGACGAUGAUAAUAAAAAUAUUAAAAAAAAAUGUAUGUAUGAAAGUUUGAAUGAAAAUUGGAAUAUUUUAGACAAUGCAAAAGAAAGAAAAAAAAAAAAAAAUAUAAAAGAUGAUAUAUUUUUUCAUAACGGUUAUAUAAAAACAAAAGGUGAUAAUGAAAAUUACAUUUAUAAUAAUGAAAAAAACAAAACUAUUCAGAAGUCAAAUUUAGAAAAAAAUACAAGUGAUAUGUCAAAUAAAAAUAAUUGUGAUUUAGAUGAAAUUAUUAAAGAGAAAGAUAUUAGUAAUAAAGAGUGUGAUUUACAUGAAAACGAAAAAAACUUUUUAAUUUUAUAUGCAAAAAUUUUAAAUAUAAGCUUUAUUUAUUCAGCAAAUAUUCUAAAACAGUUUAAUCAUCCAUCAAUAAAUUUAUUUAACACAAAUAAAACACAUAGUCUAAAAAAAAAAGAAAUAAAUAUUAAUUAUAAUGAAAACAAUUAUAAUUGCCAAAAUGAUUAUUAUAAUAAAGAAAUAAGCAAUGAAUAUACGAAAAAAAGUAGGAUUUCUUUAAAGCAAGGUAAAAAAAAAAAAAAUUUUGAAGAAUUAAAUAAAUUAGAUAAAAAAAAAAAAUAUAAAUCUGAAAAGACACAUAAAACUAAGUAUCUAAUUAAUGAAAUGGACAUUCAAAAAAAGAAAAAUAAAUUUAUAAGUAAUAAAAUAAAAAGGCAUUUAAAUUGUUUAAAUGUAAGAGUAAUAAUAAAAGAGUGGUAUAUUGACUAUGGUAUUUAUCCAAAUUGUGUUCCUUACAUUUAUGUUGUUUCUCAGAAUAAUAAUAGGUAUAGAUUAGAUAAGCCGUUAGAUAAAUAUUAUGAUAUUUUUACAAAUGUUAGACUAAAAUUUGAGAUAACCACAAGAAUACUUAAAACAUUGCAAGUUUACCCACAUAUAUCUUAUGAUAAAUUGAUUGGCUAUUUAACAUUAUAUGAAUCAAUAAAAAAGAAAAUUAAGAUGAAAGAAAAUGAAGAAAAAAUUAAAAAUCAAUAUAUAAAUAACAUAGAAAAUGGAAAUCAAAUAAAAUAUGAAAAUGUAAUUAAAAACAGAAAUUCAAAUAAAAAUACAAUUAAAAAUGAGGAUUCAAAACACCUUUUCAAAAUAACAAAUACAUCUAGUGAUGAGCAAGGUAAUAAAAGAUAUAAAGAUGAUAUUAAUAAAAUAAAAAAAAAAAAAAAAGAAAACAUAAUGAAAAAUUUUAAUUUAUCUGAAAAAAAUGGAACAGGUAUAUAUAUAAUGCCAGAUGGAACAAAAAGUAAAAAAUGUAUAUGGGGGGCAGCAUAUUCGGUUUAUAAAUGCGAUGAACAUGUUAUUAUUAAUUUAUAUAAUUUUUUAAAAAAGGAAAUUAAAUUAUUAGAAGAAUGUUUUAACAUUAAUCAUUUAUUAAAUACUUCUUUUAUGAAAACUUUAAAAGAAAAAUUUUAUUCAGAACAGAAAAGUAUGAAGGAAAAAUCAAUAGAUAAUAUACAUAAUAAGGAUGAUGAGUAUUAUAAAAUUUCGAAAAAUAUACAAAAUGAUACAGGUGAAGAAAAUAUGCAAAAUAAUAAAUAUCCACAUAAUAAUCUUAUAAAAAACGACAAAAAAAUAAUAAUAAAGAAAAUGCACUCAGGAAAUAAUGAAGAUACUUUAAAAAAAAAUUUGAAUAUAAACAAAAUGAUUAAAAAGAAGAAAAAGAAUAAUAAUAAUAAUAACAGUGAAUAUAACAAUAAUGAAUUAAAAGUAAAAGGAAAAAAGGAAAUUAUGAAAAGAACAUUUAAAGAAGUAGAGAUAAAAGAAGAAAAUAUGAAACUAAGCGGAGAAAAAUGCACUCAAGAUAUAAAAGAAAAUCAUAAAAAUUAUAAUAUAGAAAAUGAAAAUUUUAAUUUAAUAGAAAAUAUAAAAAUACAAGAUGAAUUAUAUACUAAUAUAAAUGACAAAAAUGUAUAUCCCUAUUUUCUACCUUUACAUUUAAUUAUCCCUUUAAAACAUGAAAUGCUAUUAAACAUAUGGACUUUUUUUUAUACGUUUAAAGAAAUUUUAGAUAUAAAUAUUACAAUGAAUAACUUAGAAAAAAUAUUUCUAUUUAAAAGAAAUAUAUUUAAUAAAAAAAUAAUUUAUCAAUCAAUUAAUAAAAGUUAUCUACUGAAAGAAUAUAUUAAAAAAAAUAAAAUACUAAUUUCCUUAGAUGAGAUGAAUUCUGAAGGGAAAAACAUAAACGACUCUAUUUGUGAUAUAAAAUACAAAGAUAAUAUAUUAAAAAGUUUAUUAAUGUUGUUACACUAUUCAUUAUUAAUAGAUAAUAUUAUAAAAAAUAAUUUUAGAAGAAAAAAGAAAAAGCAAAAAUAUUUAAUAAAAAAAAAAAACAAUUACGUUUAUCAAAUAUAUGAUGAAUUUGAAAAUCCUUUAAUUAAUAACUUCUCCAACUUCUCUAUUAAAAAAGGUUAUAAUAUUGAUAGGAGAAAUACAGGCAUGUGCUUAAAAAAAAUGAGAGAUCAGGAAAAUAUAAUUAAUGAUAUAACUUAUUCUGAACAAAAUUCACAAAAAAAUGUUCAUUUAAAUAAUUUAAAACAAACAGGCAUACAAUUGUGUGCAAAAAAUCCAACAGAAAAUAAAGACAUGGAAUUAAAUAUAAAACAAGAAGGAUGUAAAAGUGAUACAAAAGAACUGAAUAAAGAAGAUAUAAGCAAUGUAGAAAAAAAAAUAAAAAAUGAUGAACAAAAAAAACAAAAUUUUUUUUCAAAUGAUUCCCAUUCAGAUAACAUAAUAAAUUUUUCUGAUGCUUUGUCAUAUUGCUCAUAUUUGGAAUCAUCUUCAGAUGAUAUUAAAAAAAAGGAAUAUUCUAAAGUAAAUAAUGAAAUAAAAGAAGAAAAAGAGAUAAAUAAUUAUGAUAAAAAUAAUGAUAUUAACCUUUGUAAAAUUCAUAAAGAUUGUCUUUAUAAAAAUAAUUUUUCUAAAGAAAAAUGUAAAAACUAUUACAAGGAGAUCAACUAUGACAGGACAAUUAAUUCAUGUAAUAUAAUAAAAAAAAAUGAUUAUUUAAAAAGUAAUAAUAAAACCAAAGAGAAUGAUAAAAUUUGUUCAGAUAUAGAAGAAACAAAAGAUGGAAACAAUUGUAAAGGAGAUAUGAAUAAAGAAAUAAAAUCAAAUCAUAUUUACAUUACCGAAAAAUUAAUAGCUAUAAAUGAAGAUAUGAUAAAUCAAAUUGAAAAUGAAAAAAACGAAAUGGAAGAAUUAAAGGAAAAUGAAAAAAACGAAACGGAAGAAUUAAAGGAAAAUGAAAUAAAAGAAAAGAAAAUAAAAAAACAGGAAGAAAAAAUAGAUAUAGAUCAAAAUGAUCUUGAAAAUACAUCAGAUGAAAUAAAUUUCUAUGAUUUAACGGAAUAUGAACAAACUAUUAAUAAUAAUUCUUAUAUCAAUGUUUUAUCUGAUAUUUUUUUGCAAAGAAAAAAAAAAAAAAUGAUUUUUGAAGAAUAUCAUGAUAUAAGAAUAUUAGAUAAUAUUACUUGGACAAUACUAUUAAAAAAAUACAUCUUCAUUAUUUUGUAUACCAUGAAGCAUUCUUUUUAUUUUGAUAAUAAAAAUGUAAAUGAAAAGAAUAACAUUAUAAUAAAUAGUAAUUUUAAUUGUGUUAUACCUUCAAAGAAUAAGGAUUUAAAUACUUUAAACACAAAUUUAUCAAUCUCUAAAAGCGAAACUAUUAAUAAAAACGUAAAAAAGGAUAAUAUAAAUAUAUCGAAAUGUUAUGAUAAAGGUAAUAAUAUAAAAAAUAACCAGAACAACUUCACUUCAAAUAACGAAAAAAAUUUAGAAAAUAUAAAUUUAAAAAAAUAUAAGUUGAGUUGGUUCCUUAAUUUUAGUAAAUUUCAUUUUUCUAAAAGUGAAAUAAUGGAAAUGAUUAAUAUAUUUAAAUUUUUAUGUAAAGAAAAUAAUACGUACGAAAUGCUAAAAGAAACUGAAAAAAUGAAAAUUAUUAUGUUUUUUAUAAAUAUAAUAACUAGUAGUAAUAUUUCAAGAGAAUUUAUAAAUGAAAAAAUUGAAUAUUUGAAUAACAUAAAAAAUUACAUUGUCAAUAAGCAAAAUAUAGAAGAUACUGCUCAAAAAAAUAUAAAGAAAAAUUCAAAUGAUACUAAAAUUGAUUGCUUAUUCACGAAAACUAUACCAAAUAAGGAAUUUUCUAUGAAAAGUGAUUGCAUUUAUUUUGAAGAAAAAGAAAAAAAAGUUACCUGUGAAAAGGAAAAUAUAAGAGAUGAAAAUGCAAAAAAUACUCAAGGUAAGAAUAAAGGAAAAGAAAUUAUUAGAGAGAAAAAAAAUUAUUUUAACAAAAUUAAAGAAAAUUUUAACGUAAGAAUAGACUUACUAGGGGAAGACAGAUAUUUUAAUAAAUACUAUUAUUUUGGUAGCAGUUUUGGUUAUAUAGAUAGAAUAUAUGUGCAAUACAUGAAUCAUAUUAAAACAAAUGAUGAAGAACAUUUUGAAGAAAGUGCUAAAAAUAAAUUAGAUCAUAAUGAUAAUAACAAAUGCAAGCAAAUAAAAACAAUUUUUAAUUCAAUUGAAGAAUAUAUUAAUUUUAUAAACGAAUCAAAAUAUAAUUUAAAAAUGGGAUACAUAGAAGGUAUCGAUAAUAUAAAUAUGUUUAUAGAACGUUUUUCACCAUUUACAAUUAGAGAAAUAGAAUUAAAAAAGAAAUUUCUUGAAAUAAAAGAAGUAAUUAUAAGUAGUCAAUUAAAAAAUGAUGGAAAUUAUAUUAAAAAAGAUAUAAAAGAUAAAGGUAACAAUAUAAUACUAGCAGAAGAAGAAAAUAAAGAACAAGGAAAUAAAAAAGAGUCAAGCGCUACCUUUUUUAAUGAAAGAAAAGAAGAUUUGAUUUAUGAAAAUAAGUAUAUUCAUACAAAAAUAGAACAUAAAGAGCAGUAUAAAGAUAAUGAAAAUAGAAAUAGUUUAUUAAUAAAAAAUAAAAUUCGUAGUAAUUUAAAUAAAUAUAUUCAUGAGAAUUUAAGUAACUGCAAAAAAAAGGAUGACGUUACUUUAAUAAACGGCACUGAUAAAGGACAUACGUAUAAAAACGAUAAUAGUAAUUUAAGAAUUGAUAAAGAUACUGAUCAAAAUGAUGAAAAAAUAAUGUAUUUCACUGAAGCUGAGAAAUUAUUUGAGCAAUUUUUUUUUAUUAGUGAAAAGGUACUUAAUUUUAAGGAAGACAUAAAAAAUAUUUUAAGUGAAUAUUUUGAAUCAGAAAUUGACAAAAAAAUAUAUGAUUUUAUUUUUUUUUGUAUUGAUAAUUUUAUUAAUAAUGAAUUAACAUAUGAUAUUAAAAAAACAAUUUUUAUUAAAUAUCUUGAUUUUAUUUAUAUAAUUGAAAAAUCUUUUUCGGCUUAUUCUUCUUAUUUUCUUCAGAAGAAAUGGAAUAUCUAUUUUCGUAAGAAGUGGAUUAAUGACUUGAAUUUUAUAAAAAAAGAAAUAAUUAAUAAUACGGUAAUUUUUAAUAAAUUAGAUAUAUUACCUCUUUUAAAUAUUUAUUUUAAUUUUUUUCGCAUAUACGGCAUUAAGGAAAAUAUUAUAAGAAAAUUGAAAAAAUACAAUAUAGAGGAAAAUUUAUUUAAGAAAAUAAAUUAUGAUUGUGCUGCAAAAAAUGAAUUAUGUAUCAUUGAAAAAUUUUUCGAAAGAGAUAAUAAAAAUGAGAAAAACCCAAGCAACUCAAAUGACGAUAAAGCCUCUAAUUUAUGCUUAAAAGAAAGAGUCAAUGAAUUAAGAAAUAAAAUAUACACUUAUUUGCCUUUUGAAAAAAAUGAAAAGUAUUUUUAUUUUAAAGAAGGGCAUUUAGAGCACAUGAAUAAAUUUAAUGAUCACAAUUUUUUUAAUAAAAAAGACGAUUUGAAUUCCCUAGGUAAUGUUGAACAAAUUGAAGUCCUAGAUAUAAAAAUUUUUUUAAUAUCUAAUAAUAAAGAAGCAGCAAAAGAAAAAAAAUAUAUAUCAAAAAAGAAAAACGAAAAAAAAGAUAAAAAAAAUGAAAAUUUAAAUGAAAAUGACAAUAAUAUCAAAAAUUUCAAUGAUAAUAACAAUGAUAACGAAAAUGAAAAUGAAGAAAGAGAAAAUAUAAUAAAAAAUAAAAAAAAAGAUGAAAAAAUUAAUAAUUGUAGUGACACAGACAACAUACAAUGCAAUUUACAGAAAAAUAAAACAGAGAGCAAAAAAAAAAGUAAAAUGUGUAAAAAGUUAAAUAAAAAAAUGAGGAACGACAACAAUUAUUGCAAAUUACAUAAUGAUUUAUUUCAGAUAAAAAAGGAAGUUGAAAAGCAACAUUUAUGUUUAAAUGAUAAAAAGAAUAAAUUCUAUUUUAAUUCUCUAACUAAUUUUACAACAUUUUUAGAUAACCAAAUAAACGAUAGUCUGUUCAAUCAAAAUGAUUUGUUGAUUUAUAAAAAUGAAAAUUUGUUAGUAAGCAAUAACAUCUUAUAUGGAAAUAAUUUAAGUGAACAGACUAUAAAUAAUAAUCUAAAUGAAACAUAUAAUUUUUUAUGUCAAUUACAUUGUUCAAUUAUACCUCGUAACUAUGAAAUAGCAGAUAGCUUACAUAAAAAAUUGAAUUUAUCCAAAAAAAAUUUAUCAAAUGAUAUUGUUAGAAACCCUAAUUUUUUUUUAUUUAAUAUAUUUUACGACGAAAAUAUGAAAACUAUUUUAUAUAUUAUAUCUGCAAAAAAGGUAUUAAACUCUUUAAAUAAUAAGUGGAAAAUAGGAUUAAAGUGUAAAGUACAAAAGCCAUUAUGCUCAUUUGAUUACUCUCAAUACUUCGCAACUAUUAAAGGAAUAAGUUUUAAUCCUAUGAAUUUGUGGAAAAGUAUUACUGUAAAAAAAGACACAAAAAAAAAUAAAAAAAACUCAAUUACUCAAAAAGUAAACUUUUGGGAAUUAAUUAAAAAAAAUGAUAUAUAA